GCUGCCGAUCAAAGGGGCGCUCAGGACACUGAACAUAGUUCAUACAGUAAAUAUUUGGGUUUUUACUGCGGACUGUGCUGUCUUCAUGGUCGAUGAGAGGAAAGGCUAAUGCAAGGGAGAAUAACCUCAAGGACUGAGCACCAACCCAAGGGGAAAGGUUUAGAAUAGCCCGCGUAUGCAAAUAUGGAUGAUCUAAAGCACCAAGUUAUGAUAAAUCAGUUCGUCCUGACUGCUGGAUGCGCGGCAGACCAAGCGAAACAGCUUCUACAAGCGGCACAUUGGCAGUUCGAGACUGCAUUAAGUGCCUUUUUUCAAGAAACCAAUAUUCCAUACAGUCACCAUCAUCAAAUGAUGCACACUCCAGCCAACACACCAGCAACACCUCCCAACUUCCCAGACGCACUGGCCAUGUUCUCCCGCCUCAAGGCCUCAGAGAGCUUCAAUGCCAGCAGUCCCAUAGCCUCCAUGGCGACCUCUCCUCCUCAGGUCAACUGGGCCAUGGGCCCUUCUGCCCCAGGUCAGACCCAGCAGGGCCUGUGGACUUCUGGGCAGAUGCCCUCUCAGGUGCCUCCCCCUGGGUGGCCCCAAGCCGUCACACAGCAGGCCUCCAGUGAACAGGCCAGCGUCACCAUGGAGGCAGAGAGAUGAGAGCACUGCAGGGGCCUCGCGAUAACAAGAGGAACCAAUAUCGGGCAGUCCUCUUUGACAAAAUGAGAAAUGAAUUGUCUGCAAGGGAGAGCAGAAAACCAAGCGAUGUUGUGGACAUGCACUGAGGACAGGAAGGAGGAAUUAUGAGCAUACAGCUGAUGAACAUUCACAUGACGCCACAUUGUACAAAUUUGCAGACAAUUUUAGCUAGGCAUAUGUUUCAUUUUUUUCCAUUGAUCUGAAACCAGAGACAAAGGUGGACUUGUAUAACUAGUGCCGAAGAAGGAUAUUCUUGUUGUACACACCGAUGUGUAUGACAGUGUCAUCGUCUUUCCUUUGUCUUUCUGGAGUGGUGUCAAUGGACUGGAUGCCUUUGAUACUGGGGGUGCACUGCAUAAAUAACAUCAUUCUUAUAGAUUUUUUUAACCAGUGUAAGUGUGUGAAUAUCAUGUGUUCUAGUAUUCUAAUGUGCUUAGAAACCAACUUGGAUCUGCUUUUUCAAACAUUGGGCAAUGACUUUGACUGUCUCACUCACACAAUCAAGGAACACCAGCUAGUCAAUCCAACUUAUGUUUAAUAAGCAACUUUACAAACUGCUCCUCUUUGUAUACAGUGUUUCUGUCUGCAUUGAAUGCUAAAGGAUGUUAUACUGCAAUCAUGGUUCACUGUUUUUUGUAUGAUUUUGUUUUCAGCCACUAGUGUUCAGAGGAAAAGUCAGAUAAAGGUUUCUGUCAGAGCGAGACUUCUUGCUUGAUAUUCCAGCUGUGCACCAUCUCGAAGUAGCAGACUGAUAGUUUUUGAUACAGUGUUGUUGUUGCUUAAGAUGGAAAUCAACAUAUUAGGGGGAAAUAAUAAAUAGGGAAAAUAUAUUUGAAAAAAAUAUAGAUUUAAAACAUAUAAAUAAAUAAUAAUAAAAAAAAACGGCAUAUUUGGUGAUGCUGUCUCAGGAACUCUCGGCUCAAAAAUGUUUCGUCUAGGCACCUGAUCAUCUUUUUAUUUUGUAAAAUGGAAUUAAUAUUGCAAUUGAAAGGAACUGAUACAUUCAGGGAAGGACUCAUCCAAACGUUUUCUAUUCUACGAUCUGUUAAUCUGAUAAUCACACUAGUUUUGCUUUGCACAUCGGUUAAUCUGAACACAUGCCUGUUCCGCAAUGUUUUCCAAGAGACAGCUACCACAACAAUUUUGUGGAUUACCAGACAAUUAAUUAUUUUGUGUUUCUGAAUAAAUAUUGUAUCUAUUACACUGCAUUAGA